AUGGCUCCUCACAACGAUGCACCUUCUCCUGCUGGCAGUUUCACUCAAGGUUUCCACGGUCUCGCCUUCCGUCAAAUAGGCAACUCCAAUCUGCGAAACUCCGACAGUACUCCCAACAGCAUAUAUUCAGACCCAGCAUUAAACGAUUCUCAGUACAGUUCCUCCCACAGCAGCACCUCCAUGGAUGCAGAAGAUCACAUCUCUCGCCCAUUGGAGGCGGGGGUCUACGUUCCCACGAUCUGUUUCUUCGAUCCCGUCACGGAAGACCUCGAUACCGCAACCAUUGCUAGUCAUGCCGUCCGUUUAGCCAAAGCUGGCGUCACCGGCCUCACAACCCAAGGUUCCAAUGGUGAAGCUGUCCACCUCACCCAUGCCGAGCGCCAAACUGUCACGGCAACGACGCGGUCAGCACUCACCUCGGCCGGCUUCUCACAUAUGCCCGUCCUCGUCGGCUGCGGUGCUCAAUCCGUUCGAGAAACAGUUCAAUAUUGCCGCGAGGCUUACGCCGCAGGAGGCGAUUAUGCUCUUGUCUUGCCACCCUCGUACUACGCACCUCUGUUCUCUCCAUCAUCAGCGAGCGUUCUGGAAUUCUUUCGCUCGGUUGCAGACCAGUCGCCGAUUCCCCUAGUGAUAUACAACUAUCCGGGAGCGGUCUCUGGAAUGGACUUGUCCUCCGAUAUCAUCAUCCAACUCUCUGCACACCCCAACAUCGUAGGCGUCAAACUCACUUGCGGCAAUACAGGAAAGCUCAACAGGAUCGUUGCGGCUACCAAAUCCGGGAAGACUCAAUCGCCCAACACUCCAGCUUUCUUAGUACUAGGAGGAAGCGCAGAUUUCACCUUGCAGAGCCUAGUGGGUGGAGGCCAUGGGAUUCUUGCUGGGUUGGCGAAUAUUGCACCAAAGUCCUGUAUCGAACUUAUCCGUUUAUACAAGGCAAACAAGUUCGCUGAGGCGCAGAAGAUUCAGGAGGUUGUUGCGAGAGGUGAUUGGGCUGCUAUCCAGGGAGGCAUUGUCAGCACGAAGGCCGGUAUGGAGAGCUGGCUUGGCUAUGGAGGAUAUGCUCGCAGUCCAUUGCCACGUCCGACCACUGAUGAGAGUGCAAGGUGGAAGGAAGGAUUCAGAGAGUUGGUAACCUUGGAGAAAUGCCUAUAA